UUACGUUCUAUUUCCUGCGGCAAAUAAAUUGUUCUUUUAUCCCCAAAAUGGCGUCAAAUCCACUAAGUUGGGUUCAUUGCAAUCGAUGCUUUACGUUUUUAUUGCAAAAAACGCAAAAACUCUACCUACUGAGCUGCCAACACAUUAUUUGUGAACCAUGCAUUGAACAGGAUGAAGUAUCAAACUCGUCCAGAUGCCCUUUAUGUAAAAUCGACGUUAAAUCGCAAUUACUCGGCGGUCAAAUGCCGGAGAGCUGUAAAAUCCUUUUCCACAACAAACCCUUGAGUGACAAAAAAAAUUGGAUGAACAUCAUCCAGUUCCAAGUGAAGCAUCGCAAGCACCUCUCGCGUGCUAUUGCUCUUACGGAUUCGAAACUUCAUGAGGCUAAAGCAAAGUUAGCCGACUUGAAGAGCGACCUGAGGGUGGUUAUCAAGAAACGUGACGAGUAUAAGAAGAAACGUAUCGCCCUUGAAAAGCAUCUUCAACGGUUCAAGGAGGAACAUCGAAAAAGGAAUGAAAGUUCCUUCGCAGAGUCUGGCUAUGGAGGGAGUGUGCUUUCGCGGCAUUGAACUAGAUAGUGAGGCCUCAACCU